AUGCGGCAGUUACUCCGGAUAGCACCGCGGCUAUCGGCGCGUGCAAAUGUGAUAACACCUUGCACAAGCCUACAACCGCAACGACAACAGCGGCACUACUCUCGGAAUGCCACGCCGAACACCAGCUGGUUGCCCGUUCCCUUUGUCACCGAGAACAUCGGCGGAGCUCAUCACACAACAGAUCUCUUCAGCCGGCUACUGAAAGAACGCAUCGUAGCUGUGUAUGGCGAAGUCGACGAUCGGAUGGCCGCAACCGUGACCGCCUCGUUACUAUUCCUCGAAUCCGAAUCUGAUAAACCUAUCUCCAUGUACAUCAAUUCCCCCGGUGGCUCUGUGACUGCCGGCCUUUCCAUUUACGAUUGCAUGAACUACAUUGUGCCAGAAGUUUCCACACUGGUACUCGGCCAGGCUGCAUCCAUGGGUAGUCUACUGCUGGCCGGAGGCGCAGCGGGCAAGAGAUACUGUCUUCCACACUCCAGCAUUAUGCUGCACCAGCCUAGCGGUGGUCACUAUGGUACCGCAGCGGAUAUCGCCAUCCAUGCAAAAGAGAUCCUUCGAAUCCGAGAGGUUCUGAACCGAAUCUAUGAGAGGCACCUGAAUGGCAAGAAGAAGUUGACUCUGCCGGAUAUCGAGAAGCUUAUGGAGCGCGACUACUUCCUUAGUGCGGAGGAGGCUUUAGACCUCGGUAUCGUUGAUGAGAUACUAGCAAGCAGGAAGAAAGCGCCGGAACCAACGGAGAACAGCUGA